GGGCCUCACCCAGGGCUGUGGGGCAUCGCGCCCUGCUGGGAGGCACCGCUCCGCCCGAGCUGGCUGCCUCAGGCGGCUGUGGUGGCUGAACGGGGGCAAGCCCCCUGUGUAGACUGGGCUCAGUGUCACCCCCUUCUUGCUCCACAGAUGACAGCUGUGGUGCCGUGUGUGGCGCUGUCACCUGUGAAGUGGGCUUUCCUCAGAGGUGUCUAAUUCGUGGGAAGAGCCCCACCCCUCAGUUGCCAACUUUCACAUGACUUCAAUUUCCAUGAAAUCACCAGGCUCUGUACUCACUACAGUACUGUAUCAAGACAUGGAUUGGGACCAGUUUGACAUGAACCCCAAAGUGAUAGCUGCUGUUAAGAAAGCUAAUAUAAAAUCAAUAAAAGAGAUUUUGAAUCUUUCUGGAGCAGACUUGCAAAGGCUGACAAAACUGUCCAGUAUGGAUGUACAGUGCUUACUGAAAACAGUCUCUGGUACACUGAGGAAAAGCUGUGUGCUUACAGCACUUCAGCUGUACCGAGACAAAGAUCACUGCACAUCCCAACACCAGAAACUAAGCCUGGGUUGCUCAGUACUAGAUAGCUUGUUAAGAGGUGGCAUUCCUGUGGUGGGGAUCACAGAACUUGCUGGUGAGAGCUCUGCUGGGAAGACUCAGAUUAGUUUGCAGCUGUGCCUUUCUGUGCAGUAUCCUUAUGAAUAUGGAGGAUUAGAAUCUGGUGCUGUCUACAUUUGCACAGAAGAUGUUUUCCCAAAUAAACGCUUGCAGCAACUGAUUGAUCAACAACAUACAUUUAGGGCAGAUGUUCCACUUGAUGUCAUACAGAAAAUAAAAUUUGGAAACAGUGUUUUCAUUGAGCAUGCCGCAGACCUUGACACCUUCUACAACUGCAUUGCUAAAAGGAUUACCUUACUGCUCUUGAGAGGCAUGGUGCGUUUGGUGAUCAUUGAUUCUAUGGCUGCUUUGUUUCGAUGUGAAUUUGGAGCAAAAGAUUCUGUUAUGAAAGCCAGAUAUCUGCAGACAUUUGGAGCAAAACUUCACAGUUUAAGCAGUAGAUUCAGAACUCCAAUACUAUGCAUUAAUCAGGUAACUGAUGCAAUGGAUGAGACAGAUGUUGCUCAGAGCAAUUUUGGGACCAUAGAAACAGAAUGCUACAUUAGAUGAACUCUGGUCUGAUGUGACAAGGCAAUUCCUGACAGUGACCAGUACUAGCUGUGGAGGAAAGUGGAAGAAAUCCUAUGGGGUACAAUUAUGGAAUAAUCUGCCUAUAGGGGAUGGUGUGGUUGGUUUGUUUUGAAAACCUCAGGUAUUAGUGGUUGGUUUAUACUCUAGCACGAGGGAUUUUAUCUUCUCUUGUCUGUCUAAUGUAACUGUGGAUGUUGUCAUUUUUCCAUACAAAUUUAAACCUUUAUUAAAAUCCUGUUUUUGUUUUUUUUAAAUUGUAAAGACAUCAUUAACCAGCAGAACUUCAUUGCCACAAGAUACCUUUGAGGCCAAAAGAUUAGUAGGAUUUAAAUAAGGCCGUGGUAUUUAUAUGAAUGAGAACAUUCCCAGUGACAUAAGAUCAUAUUUUAGAAGAGGAGAUAAAAUUUUAUGUUUGAGGGGGCAUGACAUUGUUGAUGGGGGUUAGGGAGAAACUUCUCCUUUUGGGCAGGUUAUUCCCUGCCUAUUGGAAGAUUUCCACUUUCCUUUGAAACAAAUUUUAUAAAUGACAAAUCAAGAAAAAAAAUUGAGGGUGUUUAAAUCUACCCCACCCUCCUUAAUGUUGUCUCUGAUGGAGCCCAGGGUAGAUGG